AUGAGUUCUGACUGGGAGCAGCUUGCUGCCGACAAACGAAAGCGCAUUGCCGAGUCCAUUCCCUCAGAGUGGCUGAUCCGAACACCUCCGAGCGACAACAAUGUGUUUGCGUAUCCAAAGGAAUCAGGCCUGCUUUCUGCAAAAGAAAUCGAGAUUACCGAAUCAGCGGCGACUGACCUUGUUGCACAAUUGGCGCAGGGCAAGCUGAAAUCGGUCGAUGUCACGCUUGCGUUUUGUAAAAGAGCUGCUCUAGCACAGCAACUGUUCUUCCCCGAAGAGGCUCUCGCACAGGCCCGUGGGCUGGAUGAGUAUUAUGCUAAGCAUAACAAGCCCAGUGGUCCUCUGCAUGGACUUCCCAUCUCACUGAAAGAUCAGCUACGGAUCAAGGGAAAAGAGACAUCAAUGGGUUACGUCUCCUGGUUAGGAAAGUACGACGAAGAAGACUCCCUCCUCACGGCACUCCUUCGCAAAGCUGGUGCCGUCUUUUACGUCAAGACAAGUGUCCCGCAAACAUUGAUGGUUUGCGAAACCGUCAACAACAUCAUCGGCAGAACGACAAACCCACGCAACAAGAACUGGUCGUGCGGCGGAAGUUCAGGUGGUGAAGGAGCUAUGAUCGGCAUUCGCGGAGGCGUCAUUGGUGUUGGCACCGACAUUGGCGGCUCGAUUAGGAUCCCAUCGGCUUUCAACUUCUUGUAUGGAAUUCGUCCGAGUCAUGGUCGUAUGCCGUAUGCGAAGAUGGCGAACAGUAUGGAGGGACAGGAGACUAUUCAUAGUGUCGUUGGACCCAUUGCGCACUCGGCAGCCGACCUGAGGCUGUUUCUCACUUCGGUACUCCAACAAGAGCCCUGGAACUACGAUUCUAAAGUUGUCCCAAUGCCUUGGCGAUCUGACCUCGAGGAUGCUGUCAAAGCAAAGCUGAGUUCGUCUGGUCUUACCAUCGGAUACUAUAAUUGUGACGGCAACGUCCUCCCACAUCCUCCGGUACUGCGCGGGAUUGAGCAGGUAGUUGAUGUCUUGAAACAAAACAAACACAAAGUCGUGCCAUGGACUCCCUACAAGCACGACUUUGCCCAUGAUCUCGCUAACAAGAUUUAUGGCGCAGAUGGUAGCACGGACGUGAUGAGGGACAUCAAAGCUUCCGGAGAGCCACCCAUCCCCAACAUCAAAGAACUCCUCAACCCGGAUAUCCAAAAAGCCGACUUGAACGAUGUAUGGGACAUCCAUCUGCAAAAGUGGGACUACCAGAUGCAGUAUCUGUCCAAAUGGCGAGAGGUCGAGGCUGAACUUGGAUGCGAGCUUGACUGUAUAGUCGGCCCCAUCAGUCCAACAGCUGCCAUCCGACACAACCAGUUCAAGUACUAUGGCUAUGCGUCUGCCAUUAACUUGCUUGACUUUACAAGCGUCGUCGUUCCUGUCACUUUUGCGGAUAGCAAGGUCGAUGGCAAGCGGGCGGAUUACAAGCCAUUGAGUGACUUGGAUGCGAGUGUUCAGGCGGAAUACGAGCCUGAUGCUUAUCACGGCGCGCCGGUUGCUGUUCAAGUGAUUGGCAAGAAAUUGAGCGAGGAGAAGACGUUGGCGAUUGCGGAGGAGAUUGGGAGGUUGUUGGGUAACGUGGUGACGCCGUGA